UUUUCUUUUUUUUUAAAUGAACGCAAAGUAAGGGCAAAGGAAGUCUUCAUUUGCUACUACUGAGCAUGCUCGAUGAUAAAGCGAGCACUCUCAGUAAAGGGAAACUGUGGAGACUCGGAGGUCAGGACGUUGCUUCUGGUGUUGCCAGGCAGGCUGCUUUGGCACUGAAAGGCGCUCGAUGCGGCGGGGACUGAUUGAAGGGCGGUAAUGGAGGUAGGCGAGCUUCCAGAAUGCGUAAGGAAAGAACCUUUGAAGGAAAACUGGAGUUCAUACAACAGACUUGUGAAUCAACACCGGGCCAAGAUGAAAGAGCUGUUGCCAUGCCUUAAAAGAAAAUCCCAGGAUAACACUCUGGAAGGAAGAAUGAAUGAAAGUGAAACAAAAUGGUUGCAAGAAGAUGCUAUUAAUGAAAAUAUAACUUUUCGGAAAAAGUUUCAAGAAGCAGAACUUGCAGUUGGUUCAGCUGAAAUGUUUCUGCCAUCAUUUAAGGAAACCCUUGAUAGAAUUACAAAAGCUUGUUACAUUUCUGCAUCAGAUAUGCUAAAGAUUUCUAUGCAAGCGGAUUUACUGGUAAAGGAGCUAGAAGCUCUCAAAAAUAUGAAGGGAUGGUUACAGCAGCUACUUAGAACAAGCAAGGAAAAAGAAAUAACCAGUAAACAGCUUCAAGAAUUGACAAAGAAGUUAACUGAAAGUGAAAGCGAAGCUUUAGAUCUUAAAAAUGAAGUUCUUCAAAAAGAGAGGCUCAUUUUAGAGCUUUCUGCUCAACUUCAGCAAGAGAAAGCUGAUGUACUAAAAGCAUCACACCAGGUGGAUUUGGUACAGGUAGUACAAAAUCACUUGCAAUGCCAGAUAGAGAAAAAGGAGGCCGAGAAUAACCAACUGAGAGCAAAAAUUCAGGUUAUAGAAAAGAAAAUUACUGAAUGGAAGCUACAAGCUGGAGAACAGAAGCAGCAAAUUUUGGCUGAAAAGGAAAGAAUAAAGGAAAGGAAACCUGCACUGAAAAAAGCAGCCAGUGUUCAGAAACAUAGAGCUGAACAUUUGGAAGCUGCUGUGGAAAACAUAAUUUCCAAAAUUAAGGAGAAGGAAAUCCAAUUGACCGAAGCACUUACAGCUUCUAAUGUCUGGAAAAGUCAUCAUCAGACAGUGGUAGAUGAAAAAACCAGGUUAGAAGUUCAAGUUAUAACUUUGAAAAAGCAGGUGGAAGACCAUUUCAUGGAACUACAAAGACUACAAGAUGAUGGGAGGAAGUCCAAGGGAGAAAUUCUUGGAAAGCUUAAUUCUGUCCUCUUUGAAAAUGAGAAUAUUUCUCUUGAAAAUGUAAAAUUAAAGGCAUCCUCUGCAGCUUUGGAAGUGGAUAUGAAGUCUGCAGAAGCUGAACUCUUGGACUUACAUGAAAAAGCAAAGCAGCAAGAGAACCUUGUUAACCAAUAUAAGACUGAGGUGCAGAAAUUAGAAAUGGAAGCCAACAAACUGAAAGCCAAGUAUGAAAAAGUCAUACAUGAAAGAAAAAAGUUAUUGGAAGUCAAAGAUUUAGAAAUAGAUAAGAUGAGAGGCCAGACGGAGGCUCGUUUGAAGGAGUUAGAACAUGUCCGUGAUUUACAGAACUCAGCUGAAGGGAAACUGCAGAAGUGUCAAGAAAGCCUGCUGUCUUGCCAAAAGAGCUGUGUAGAUAAAUCCAAAGCCUUUAGGGAGCUACAGUUUCAGGUUGACAACAGUGAUGAUUUCUUGAAGCACCACUCUUUGGAAGUUGAAAAUUUCACCAUUCAGAUGAAAUAUGAAGAAGUUCAAAGAAAAUUAGAUGAAAUGGAAUCACAAAACAAAGGACUUGAAAAUCAGCUGGCAAACCAGGAAGAGAAUCUUCAGAAAAUGGAAUUGCAGUUCAAGCAGAAGCUUGCAAGUUACAAUGCUUUGACCAGACAACUGGAAGCUGCUUUGGAAGAUGGACGGAAAAGGGUAGAUAAAGCCUUGAGCUUUGAAUGUUUUUAUUCAGAUAAACAGUAUUCAGUCUAUUGAUCUGACGUUCAUGUGUUUGUGAACUCAUGAAAAGAGCGUGGUUCUCAGUAU